UAUCAGUCUGGUGUGUUAUUUGUGCAAUGAAAUCACUAUUGACAGAACAAUUCCGAAAUGAGACAAAUCUACAGAUAAUGAUUCAUUUAUAUACACUUAUUGGGGCAUGAAUAUGUGUGUGUUUGUUUACUAAGUCAAAAAGACAUUGAACGCAGCGAAACGUUUUGUCAGCUUCUCAACCAAACCAUUACUGACACAGUGAAUUGAGGAUAGGUUACCCAUUAUGGCCACUUCAAUGUGCUUUCUGAGUUCAACUGGUGUUGUGGAGCUAGUUACAUUGGUUGUACUCAAACGGCUCUAUCCAUGAGCGCUCGUGAACAUGUACCAUCUUGGUUAAGGAAAGGAAUGACAAAGAGAAUCAACAGUGCAGUCUUCUCACAUCUAGUAGAUAGUAAACAUCAGAUCAAGGUAGAUUACGCCUUUUAUGUGGUAUAUCGUGUUCCUAUCAAUCUCCCUAAAGAUGCACGACUUCGCCGAAGCUAUAGGUAUCAACUCAAUAAAACUGGACCUAUAUGUACAUUCACUGUGUCUACCUUGGCCCACAAUACAUGGUCAACACAUUCUUUAUGCACUUUCCUAUCACAAAUUGCACAUUUUCACUUCCAACCCCUUUCUUCUAUAUUGUCAUUACAUCGAUAAACAUUCAUUCUCUUAUCACUUAUCACACUUCUUUAUUCAUACUAUUAGUAGUAGUCAUUUUCAGUCGUGAAAUAA